UAAGAGUCGGUGAGGAGGGAGAGGGUGUGUGUGUAUGAGAGAGAGAGAGAGGAAGAGAGCGAGAGAGAGAGUGUGAGAGAGAGACACGCGCUCUCUCCUAGUGCACUUUGCAGUAAGUUGCGGGCGGCUGUUGCUGGCGUGGCGGUUGCUGGUCGCGCAGGGAACUUUAACACGCUGGAUCCCAAAGUCCGUCUCUCUCACCUGCGCAGUUCGGAGCUGCCAUGGAUUUCGCGGCCGGAUUUACUAUCCUAAUCACACUGCCGAUCUUUCUGCAGACGAAUGGCCUUUAUAUCUCCAGUAGCAUAGAUUCCCUGCAGCAUGUUCUGGGGGACUAUGGACUGGUGAAGCCCGUUCUUACUGAUGCAGAAGGCCGCUUCCUGUCCCAUGCGGUAUCGGUUGGUCCAGCAGAUGGGCAGUUCCGUAGGCGCUGGAGAAGAGAGGCGGCAUCGACCGACCACGCCCACCAUGAGUCGGGAGGAGGCACGCCUGAGCGACUCUACUACAAUGUCACCGUCUUCGGCCGGGAGUUUCACUUGCGUCUGCACCGCAACACGCAUCUGGUGGCUCCCGGAGCCAAGAUGGAGUGGCAGGAAUCCGACGGCACGCACUCCGAGCCUUUAAAGAGCGACUGCAUGUAUGUUGGUGACAUUACGGACAUACAGGGAGCCUCCGUAGCUAUUAGUAACUGCGACGGUCUGGCAGGGAUGAUCAGAACUGAGCAGGAGGAGUUUUUCAUUGAGCCAGUGGAAACGGGACAUCAUGUGAUUGAGCAAGAGGAAGAGGAUGGUGGCCGUUCUCACAUUGUGUACCGUUCCGCCGCUGUGAAGAAGCCUCCGGUUAGCUCACUAGCUGCAGACUUCCACUCCAAAGGUGCUGAUUUAGGCGGACUGUUGGACCUUGAGACUCUGUAUCAGGGCGUUGAACGCAGUAUUAACCAGAGCCGACGAGCCCGCAGACAGCUGCCCGAACGAGCCUACAACAUCGAGGUUUUGCUGGGGGUGGACGACUCCGUAGUGCAGUUUCACGGGCAGCAGAAUGUGGAGAAGUACCUCCUCACUCUUAUGAACAUCGUGAACGAGAUCUAUCAUGACCAUUCUCUUGGGGCAAGAAUAAACGUGGUGCUAGUUCGGAUUGUUUUGGUGGAUGCCAGAAAAUCCACGAGCCUCAUUGAGCUGGGCAAUCCUUCUCAGAGUCUGGAGAAUGUGUGUCGCUGGGCUUUCGAACAGCAGAGGAAGGACACUAACGAUAAAGAAUACCAUGAUCACGCCAUCUUUCUCACUCGUCAAGAGUUUGGACCCACAGGGAUGCAGGGUUACGCUCCUGUCACAGGCAUGUGUCAUCCCGUACGGAGCUGCACUCUCAACCAUGAAGACGGUUUCUCGUCUGCGUUUGUCGUGGCGCAUGAAACCGGGCAUGUGUUGGGAAUGGAGCAUGAUGGGCAGGGGAAUCGUUGUGGAGAUGAGGUGCAGAUGGGGAGCAUCAUGGCCCCACUGGUGCAGGCUGCUUUCCACCGCUUCCACUGGUCCCGCUGCAGUCAACAGGAGCUGGGCCGCUACCUGCAUUCGUAUGAUUGUCUCCGUGACGACCCGUUCGAGCACACCUGGGAGGAGCUUCCACACCUGCCCGGGAUGGAUUACUCCAUGCACGAACAGUGUCGCUUUGACUUUGGGGCCGGAUACAUGAUGUGCACAGCGCUGCAAAAGGUGGGGCCAUCAGGAGCCCAGUAUCGACCGUUUGACCCCUGUAAGCAGCUUUGGUGUGCUCACCCAGACAACCCCUUCUUCUGCAAGACCAAAAAAGGUCCGCCCAUUGAUGGCACUAAAUGCGGUGAUGGGAAGCACUGUUUUAAAGGCCACUGUAUGCAGCUGACUCCAGACAUCAUAAAACAGGACGGAGGCUGGGGCAUGUGGAGUGAGUUUGGCUCCUGCUCUCGCCCCUGUGGAAGGGGACUACAGUUUCGCACACGAGCUUGUGACAAUCCACGUCCAGCUAACGGUGGACGUACUUGCUCCAGCCCAAGCUAUCAGUUCCAGAUUUGUAAUACGCAUGAGUGUGAGGACCCGUACCACGACUACAGAGCCGAGCAAUGUAGCAUGAUGGACAACAAGUUUGAGUACCAGAAUACAUGGCACCACUGGCUGCCUUAUGAACACCCUGACCCUAAGCAACGCUGCAAACUGUACUGUCAAUCCAAAGAGACGCGAGCUAUAGUGAACAUGCAGACUCUGGUGGAACAUGGAACACGCUGCUCCUACAAAGAUCCCUACAGUGUGUGUGUGUACGGAGACUGUGAGAAAGUGGGCUGUGAUAAUGUGGUUGGAUCAGCUCUACAGGAAGAUAAGUGCGGCGUCUGCGGGGGAGACGGAACCAAGUGCAAGACUCACAAGUUUAACUUCACCUUUGUAGAGAAAAAAGGUGUCAUUAAAGUGCUUGAAGUUCCCAGAGGGGCGAGACAUCUUUUCAUCCAGGAACUUAAUGGAACUACUCACAUUUUAGCUGUCAGGAAUAAAGCGUCAGGUGAUUUCUUUCUCAACGCACAUGGAGACUACCCAGAGACACGUUCAGUUAUCGAAAAAGGUCUGGAAUGGGAGUAUGAAAAUAAAAACAACAAGGACACCAUUCAAACCAGCGGACCUUUGAAAAACGACGUGGUUGUCAUGAUCCGAAUGCACGGAUUGGCCAAGGUGAAGGUGUCGAUCAAAUACAUCACCGACAAUGACAGACUAAGUGACGGUGCCAAUGAGAACAACAUGGUCCCUGAUAAUGCGGUGCCAUACUCCUGGGUGGUGAAGAGAUGGACACCCUGUUCCAAGACCUGUGGAGGAGGUAUUCAGAUGACACGCUAUGGCUGCCGUAAGAACGCAGAGAUGAGGAUGGUCCAUCGCAGAUUCUGUGAGAAAAUCAAGCAGCCUCCGUCUCUGUUUAGAGACUGUUACUUGAGAGAGUGUGCUCAGCCCAUCUGGGUGGCUGGAGAGUGGGCUGAAUGCAGUAAAUCUUGUGGGAAGACGGGAACUCAGACACGCUCCGUACGCUGCGUCCAGCCUCUGGGCGACGGCAAGUUCAAAUCCAUCCGCAGCCGUUACUGCAGCGACGAGCGCCCAGAGUCCCGCAGAGACUGCAAUCGCAACCUGUGUCCUGCUGAGUGGAGGCUGGGCCCCUGGUCACAGUGCUCAGUGACGUGUGGUAAUGGUACGCAGGAAAGGCAGGUGCUUUGUCACACCCGUGACAACACCAUUGGACUCUGUCUGGACUCCAAACCAGCUGCAUUAAGACCCUGCAGAAUGGAUCCCUGCCCAAGGAGCACUUCCGACUUCAACAAGCACGGCAACUUCCUGAUACAGUGGUUGUCGCGUCACGACCCCAAAUACCCCGUGCAGAGGAUGUCAAAACGUUGUCACGGUGACCGUUCUGCAUUCUGUCGCAUGGACGUGCUGCAGCAGUAUUGCUCCCUAUCGGGUUUCCAGCGCAUGUGCUGCAAGUCCUGCAAGGUUGGCAAUUCCACAAAGACCACUGUGACCACAAGUAAGCCACCAUUCAAAUCGAAAAUCACCACCAAAGGACGAUCCACCACAACCCAAAGUCUCAAACGCACAAAGUCCACCACAGCGUGGACCUCCACAGCAGCCUUUUUAUCAUCUACAGAAGGGAAAAGUGCCACAUCCGUGAGCACACCUUGGUUAUAUACAGCCUUGGCAACAUCAGCUGAUACUUAUGGAUACACGGCAACGCCCUUUUUUCAAUAUACUACAACUGCUAUCGAUAAGUACACUACUUUAGAACAGAGCACGUCCUUUGCCAUUACUACACCAGCUAGCAUCACAUCUACACUUGGAGAUGACGUGGCAGAUGUGACGGAAUUACCUGUAAGCACUGUUCCUGCAGCAAGGGUCACAUCUACAUUUGGAGAUGACGUGGUGAACAGCACCGAAUUACCUGUAAGCACUGUUCCUGCAGCAAGGGUCACAUCUAUAUCUGGAGAUGAUGUGGUGAACAGCACCGAAUUACCUGUUAGCACUGUUUCUGCAGCAAGGGUCACAUCUAUAUCUGGAGAUGAUGUGGUGAACAGCACCGAAUUACCUGUUAGCACUGUUUCUGCAGCAAGGGUCACAUCUAUAUCUGGAGAUGAUGUGGCGAACAGCACCGAAUUACCCAUUAGCACUGUUUUCCCAAUCAUUUUCAGUGAUCUGAAUAAUGUCACUCUCAUUCCCAGCACCACCAUCCCAGUCCAGUUUAAAGAGUUUGAUGGGAGUAGUGGUGCACCAUAUAUGGACAGCAAUGCGGUAUUCCGGUCAACAACAGCGAAUAUUGUGAAUGAAAGUGAAUUGACAACCUCAGGCAAUAUGGACAUCAGCAUCCCAGUGACAUCUAUAGCCGAGUUGCUAACAACCACUGAAGAACCUGCUCCCCAGGAAUCAACCUCUAUGUCUACAACUUCCAGUACACCACUGUCCAGUACAACAGUAUCUGGCACAGAGAAGACAAGCGGACGGUCGAAUAAAGUGGAAGAAGUGAGCGAGAGCAACGCUAUUGAUAUACCGUAUCGAAUAAUCCCACUGGACAACGAGUUUCCUGCAAAUAACAUCAUCCCCAGGAGAGGACGUGUGUUUCUGCGUGAGAAAACACGGAAUAAGCGCAUCCAGGAACUGCUUGAGGAGAAGCGAAACUUUUUGAGACGGAUGAAAAGAGCACAGGGGAUUUGAACCCUGUCCAGUUUCUCUUAUAGAGAUACAGCUGCCAAAUGCAACUCCUGAAUCCAGACUUCAUCAAGGUGCUUGGGUCAAGAAACUGGAAAAAGGCCAAAAUAUCGCAGUGAAUUGAUGCUUUCCCUCUUUUAAUGACAUGGCAAACUGAUGUGGAACAAAACCACUAGCAGGUGUUUGCACAGUUACUUUGAACCUCAAAAACGUCCCUUUAGGAGGUUUCACUGGAGGAUCCUUUAACUCAAAGUGAUUUAUCUUUUUAAAGGAUUAGUUCAGUCAAAAAUAAAUUCUGUCAUCAUUUAUUCAACCUCAUGUCUUUCCAAACCUCUUUGAGUUUCUUCUCCCAUGGAACGCCAAAACAGAGAUUUAGCCACUUUUUAACACCAUUUUCCAUCCAAUGGAAGUGAGGAGCUACAGUCUCAAGCUCCAAAAUUGACAAUAAAGCACCAUACAAAUUAAGUCUUCUGAAGCCUUGUGGUAUUGUGCGAGAAAAAUCAUUUUUCACAGAAAGUUUCAUAAAUAAAUCAUAAAUCAUUAAUAUCAUUCACGUUCCAGGAAAUUCAAGUACGGUUCAUUAAGAUUUUUAUGGUUGUGUUUUGAAAGCUUGACGGCUUCUUGUCCCCCUUUCAUUGAAUGGGAAAAAAGCAGCAUGAGAAAGAAAAGGAAGUCAACAUGAGGGUGAGUAAAUGAUGAUGGAAAUUUCAUGUUUGGGUGAUCUAAAAAUCAUAGAAAGAGAGUUAGGCAAAUUAUAAUGUGCACAAAUCUAUGCCUCUCAACAUGUUUUUGCCCAAAUAUGCUCAGUGACAGAUACAGAAGAUAGGCACAUACUGUAUUAUGGGUAAAUUAGCAUAGUGUUUUUUUUUCACUUGACACCAGUCUGAAAUGUACAUGUUGGCUACGGUGUGUUAAAAAUAUGGAACCUGUGGUGGCGAUGUGAAUAUAUUGAAAAAUGAGCCCAGAGAAGUGAAUCAGAGUUAAGUGUGAACAAAGCCACACAUGACAUGCAGUUAAGACAUUAAUAUUCUCACGUGUACCUAUAUCACAGUCACAAUCUGUUCUGACUUGUACAUGUGAUGAGAAAAAAUGACAAGGUUUUCACUGAUGAGUCAUUUGACAAGAACAAUUCAGGGAUGCACCGUAUUACAUAGAUACAGAUGUUAAUUUUAUGCUUGUGAAUUAUAUUUCCUUUCACCAGUAUGCAAGCUUGUGCUGAAACUUUAUCAGAUCAGGUCAAGAUGAUAUAUAUUUUUAUUUGUGAGAUUUUGACUUGUAAUAAGAAUACUCUACACCCCUACCCAAAGAUGUCAAAGACUCCAUCAUUAUGUAAAAAGCAGAAGAAAAUGUCAAAAACAGAAAUAAAUUUUAUAUAUUGCAAAAAAAGAG